AUGGUGAAAGAUGAAGUUAACAAGACUCGGAAGUUUAUUUCUGGUCUUAAUGAUCAGAUGAGGCCGUUGAUCAUGGCACAGUUCAUCAAGGUAUAUUCUGAAGCAGUGGAAAGGGCUUUAAUGUUAGAAGCGGAUAACAGAGAUAAGGAUGCGAGAAGGGAACAGUGGAAGCAGAAGAGGGGUGCAGGGCCAUCCUCAGAAGGAUCUUCUUGGAAGAAGAACAAGGGUGGUUCAUUUCAGUUUCAAGGGACUGUCCGAGUCAGGGAGCAGGCACCAUUAGUGGCAGAAGGUCACAGCAGAGGCUGUCACAGUCGGCUACAGUUCAAUCAGUCUGGUGUUCAGAUUAGUAGUUCACAGGCACAGGCAUCGCAGGGGCGUGUCUUUGCCCUUGCACCGACUGAUGCAUCUCCUGGAUCUUCAGUUCUCCGAGGCUUGUUCGUAAAUUGGUUUGAAGAAAUAGUACGCUUGCGAGGAGGCUUUGGGUUGCCUGAUCUGUUCCCUUCAGUUAAAAUCCUUGGUUACAUUACUGGAAUGAAGCCUGCCUUGCAGAGGUUGCAGCUGAAAAUGGACAAAAUUCUCGACACCAUUGUGAAUGAGCAUAGAGCCAAAAGGAAAGACAUGUCCACAACCAAUAUAAAUGACGUACCUGUGGAGGAAGUUUUGGUUGAUGUGUUUCUUAACAUAGAGAAGGGUGGCGAUAACUUCUCCCUCACAACUGAUAACAUAAAAGCUGUCAUUUUGGACAUUUUUGGAGCAGGGAGUGAGAAUUCUGCAACAACCAUAGUAUGGGCAAUGUCAGAGAUAGUAAAAAACCCAAGAAUAAUGAAGAAGGCACAAGCUGAAGUUCGAGAGGCCCUUAAAGGAAAGAGCAAUACUAUUGAUGAGACAGAUAUUCAUGGACUAAAUUACUUGAAAUCGAUCAUCAAACAAACUUUGAGAUUACACCCUCCAGGCCCUCUAAUACCAAGAGAAUCAAUCGAAAGAUGUAAAAUUAACGGAUAUGAGAUACCGGAGAAAACCAAAAUGUUGAUCAAUGUGUGGGAAAUGAGCACAGAUCCUAAAUAUUGGGGUGACAGAGAUUAUUUCAGACCAGAGAGGUUCGUUGAUUCUUGCAUGAGUUAUAAGGGGACAAAUUUUGAGUAUCUCCCAUUUGGGGCAGGUCGGAGGAUAUGUCCUGGGAUUUCAUUUGGUAUGGCAAGCAUUGAACUAGCACUUGCUCAGCUGCUGUAUCAUUUCGACUGGAGUGUCCCAAAUGGAAUCAAGCCAGAAGAACUGGACAUGACAGAAAUAUUUGGAUUAAUAAGUGUAAGGAGAAGGAAUGAUUUGCACUUAAUUGCCAUUCCGGUAUCCUCAUUAGCAUGA